AUGGCGCGGGACCGUCGUGGUCGCCCUGCUUCAUUUCGUUCUCGUGCUUCGAGAGUCAACGCGGACAUUGAAGACCCUGUUGUCCGGCCGUCCAGAACAAGAGAACGUCGAAGUUCAGGCCCUCGUAGUUCUCGUUCACAUGUUGCAGCUUCAAGCGGUUCUGGCCGUAGUUCUUCGCCUUCGCGAAGGAGUGUCCGCGAGUGUUCGCACCGUAGAAGUCGUUCCGCUUCUCGCAGCCCUGAGCCCCCAGCUUGGGCGAAGGAAAUCUUAAAGGCCCUGGAGGCGAAAACGGAGGAGGUUAAGGUUGUCAAGGAACAGCUCGACUCACUAAAACGCAAGUCUGCGGAGGAGGAGCCCGAGUUCAAAUAUAAGAGUAACAAGAAACAGUUCAAGUUCAACACUGACGUCAAGGAUAAGUUCAACCAGAUUUUAGAGAGGGCUGGGGCGGAUGACGCGAUCAUUAAGAUUGCCAACGAAGGUAUGUCACUCCUUGAUAACAGAAAUAGGCUUAUUUCUAUUGCUGACCGGAAUGGCUGGGACGUGUUAGAAUAUUUUGAGGCGGACCCACUCACUAAAAAUGACGAAGAACAAAAGAAACUUCGUGUCGCGCGCAAGGAAGCAGAGAGGUCUCGCGAGAAGCGAAAUCGAAAAAAUAGCCUGAGAAGCAAAAUGGGAACUCGUUUUAAGUCUCAGUCUACAUCUUCCAAAAGCAGCCCCAGUGUAAAUUUUGGCCCGUCACAUAGAAUCGUGGAUUUUCGCCCGGAUGUCGGUCAACUUUUGGUUCAUCCUGUACCGGAGAAAAAAUCUUCUGUUUAUCGCUGCUUUGGUUGCGGCAAAGCAGGCCAUUUCAUCAAAAAUUGUAAAGUUUCCUCUUCCGCUAAAUGACUAGCCGACUCUGUUUUUGACGAGUUUUCGGAACGCGGCGAGGCUGAACUUGACACGGGCGUUUCCUCAGUAUUUUGGAUUAGAGGACUCUUGCGCAAGUUUUUGUAUGUUUGGCGGUCUAUUAGGGCCUCUUCUUUUGUUCUUAGUGUUAUUGAAAGCGGUUAUAAGUUACCAUUUGUUUCAAUUCCAGUGAAGUUUUUCUUUAGUAACCAUAAAAGCGCUGUUGAUAAUAGAGCUUUUGUUUGUGAGGCUAUCGAGCAAUUGUUGUUGGCGGGUAGCGCGGUGGAAGUCAAGCGUGACCAAGUUCAUGUUUGCAGUCCCUUAGGUGUGGUUCCUAAAAAGAAUGGCAAACUUCGAUUGAUUCUUGACCCUCGCUUUCUUAACAAGCACCUAGCCAAGCGUAAGUUUAAGUUCGAAGACCUUCGAGUCGUGGCGGAACUUCUUCAGCCUGAUGAUUGGUUUUUGACUUUCGAUCUUCGUAAUGGCUACCAUCAUGUUGACAUUUUUCAAGAGCAUUGGAAGUAUUAGGCUUUUUUGUUUACUUUCGAUGGUAAGCCGCGCUAUUUUUUGUUUUGUUCGGUUCCUUUGGUUUAAGUACGGCUCCUUACGUUUUCACCAAAUUGUUAAGACCGAUGUUGCACACUGGCGGUCGCAAGGCCUUAGGAUUUCUGUCUAUUUGGACGACGGUAUCGGCGCCGAUUCAAGUAAAGAUUCGUGUUCUCAGGAAGCGCAACUAGUGCGAGGCGAUCUUGAUCGCCUUGGCCUGCUAGUGAAUGAGGAAAAGAGCAAUUUUGAACCGCGUCAAAAAGGGGAGCACUUAGGCUUUAUUUUGGACCUUACCAAAGGAGAAUUUAGUAUCCCACCAGGCAAGAUUGAUCACUUGUUUAAUCUGAUUUCACUGCUUCUUGACGAUGUUUCACCCACGGCUAGGGAUGUGUCUCGUAUUACGGGUACCCUUAUUUCCAUGGAGCUCGCAUUAGGUCCAGUUGUGCGUUUGCGCACCCGAGCCUUGAACGCAGUCCUUAAUAGCGUUCAUAGCCUUAGUUGCAAGGUAGCUUUAACGCGUGAAGCUGUAGAGGAACUUAAUUUUUGGAGAGAUAAUUUCUUUCGUUUGUGCGGCAAACCAAUCUGGAGGCCCUCCCCGAAGAUAGAGCUUUUGUCUUAUUCUGAUGCUAGCAAUGUGGGUUGGACGGGACUUAUUGUUCAAUUUGGUACCCACAUCGCUAGAGGGAACUGGUUGGGUUCCGAGGCCCUGUGCAGCUCUUCUUUCCGCGAGAUUCGUGCCGUUAGAUUUGUUCUUCAGUCGUUUUCCGGUCUUUUGGCGGGUAAGGAUGCAAGCAUAGAUCUGACAAUCAGAGCGUCUGCAGUGUUUUGUCCGUCGGCAGUAGUAAGCCUCAUUUGCAAAAAGAAGCGGUUGCCAUUUACAACUUGUGCCAUGAAGCAGGUAUUCGCUUUUCUGCGGAGUGGAUACCUCGCCACUUUAAUUUCAAAGCUGAUUAUUGGUCGAAAGUUGUCGACACCGAUGACUGGAUGCGCAACACUGUCCAUUUUCGCCAGUUGGAUAUUCUGUGGGGACCCCACACCGUAGAUCGUUUUGCGAGUCAUAAUUCUUUCCAGUUGUCCAGGUUUUGUUCUCGAUGGUGGUGUCCUGGGACCGAAACUGUUGAUGCUUUUACCGUCAGCUGGGGAGGGGAAAACAAUUGGUUGGUCCCCCCAGUGUUCCUUAUUCCCAGGAUUAUCAAUCACAUGAAACUGGGUAGAGAGCAGGGCACUCUCAUUAUCCCCUUUUGGCAAUCUGCUCAUUGGUAGCGGUUGGUGUUUCGAAGCCCCGGGGUUUUCCACCCUUUUGUUCUUGACUGGCGGGAGAUUCCGUUACAUGAGUCUACUUUUUUCCUGGUUCCGCAGCCGCCGAUUUUUUCGGGCAUGGUAUUCCCUCGUGUAGGGUAUUUGCUUUGAGAAUUGUAUUUCCUUAGUUUUGCUGUAGAACGUUUUCGGGUAUUAGAUGAGUACCUUGAACGAGUUGUUCAGCCUAAUUAUUUGUUGUUGUUUUGUCUGAAUGACAUGGAACUGUACUAGUGCGCACGAGUUGUGCAGCUGAAGCAAGCCGAGAGGGCAGUGCCGACACAGUAGUGUGUUCAUUUUAGAGUCAAGUGGACUCCUCUAUCCUUUGUGUGGAUUUUCUUACCAGCUGACGCCGAGUGGGCCAAGCCUCCAUGUGUUGGAGUGUGUACUGGUGCUGUGUUCACUUGCCAUGUGGGCAGUUUUCGUUGCAGACGAUGUGUAUCUUGCGCGUUUAGUGUUCUGUAGCAAUUGGAUGCUGUUCCUGUCUUAAAAGUGCCAUGUUUUGGACAUUGUUGAUUUUCACUUUAGGCUUGUCGCCUUACCAACGGAGCAACGCGGAGAUUCAGAGGCUUGUAGAACUGUUAAAGACUGUCAUACUUAAUGACUGUGCCGCUUCAACCGUGUCUUCGUAUGCAGGGGCAGCCAAUCGGUGGAUUGACUGGUGCAAGUGUUACUCGUUUCCUCCUUUACAGUCUAACCCAACCGCAGUUGCUCUCUACUUAACAAGUCUUUCAGACCGUGGCUUAUCUCGCUCGUCAAUCCUUGGAGCAGCCUAUGGCAUUGCAUGGCUACAUAAGAAACUUGGAUGUCCUAAUCCUGUCGACGAUCCGCUCGUUUCUCAGACCUUGGCUGGUUUUAAACGCCUCCUGGCUGGCCCAUCUAAGAAAAAGCAGCCUAUUGAAUCUCAUCACGUAAGGGCGCUGAUUCGUUCCUAUGGUCACCCUCGUGCUUCUCUACCGAACUUACAAAUGGUGUCGCUGGUUGCGCUUGGUUUUUGUGCCUUCCUACGUUGGUCAGAGCUGCGUGACUUACGUGCCUGUGACUUAAAGUUUUGCGCCACCCACAUGUCUGUUUUCCUAGACAGAUGUAAGAACGAUCAAUUCCGACAGGGAUAUGUGGUCAAAGUUGCUCGUUUACCUUCUAGCUCUUGUCCAGUGAAACUGUUAGAGUUAUUCCUUGAGCGCGGAGAAUAUGAACCAUCUCAGUCAUUAUUUUGUCUCUGCCAGAAAUUGGGUACCGGGUACAAGCUGCGACAAGCUCCUCUGUCAUAUUCUCGGGCACGGGAACAGUUUCGCCGAAUGAUUUCCGAACUUAGUUUAGACUCAAACGAAUUUGGUUUACAUAGCCUUCGUUCAGGUGGUGCUUCCCAAGCAGCACGCAGCGGAGUUUCUGGGAGAGUAUGGCGUAGACAUGGUGGUUGGCGCAGUAUCCAAGCCGCAGAUGGUUAUGUCGAUGAAUCUUUGGAAAAUACCCUUGUGGUAUCUAGAAAUUUGGCUCUUUAA